AUGCAGCAGACAUCCCAGUCCGCCACAAGAUCGUGCGGUAGUCUUGUCCCGCUAAUGGGGAAACUGAAGUGCUGUGUGUCGUUCCGCGGCACUACCAUCACUGCGAUCUGCCACGUCGCCAAGUCUGAGCUCAACCUGCUUGACCGAGACUGGAUUGAAGACAUUGUUUUGGCCGAUAUGCCGCUCCGCGUUGUUUGCUGUCAGGUGCAGAUUCCCGAUGUGCUUGCAGACCAGGCCAAGGACAUUCUCCAACGAUUUGCUCCAGUGUUCCAAGACGGCCUGGGUCGUUGCACAUACACUCAAGCCGUGCUACAUCUGUCUCCUGGAAGUCAACCAGUCUUCCGUCCAAAGCGACCAGUUCCAUAUGCAGCCUUACCACUUGUCAAGGCUGAAUUGAAGCGUCUAGAGGAAAUGGGAGUUCUGGUUCCUGUAUCCUACUCCGCCUGGGCCGCUCCAAUCGUUGUGCUUAAGAAGCCCAAUGGCUCGAUUCGCAUUUCUGCUCAGAUCUGCUGCUCACGCACUACGACCCGACGCUGUCGAUCGUUGUUGCUGCAGAUGCUUCCAACCACGGAGUUGGUGCCGUAA